AGCCAUACUCACACCGAGUAAAAGGGAUUGCGCGACAACUCUCCCGUUCCUUGCGAAAGAAGAGUAGGACGGAUGGGCGAGGGCGACCUGAUGUCCGUGUUCUCCAGGCAGUUCGUGGGGGCGGCGCCGAGGCCGUGGACGCGGGAGGAGGACAAACUCUUCGAGCGGGCCCUGGUGGUGUUCCCGGAGGGCACCCCGGACCGGUGGUCCGCCAUCGCGGCGCAGCUGGCGGGGCGGAGUUCCGCCGACGCGUGGGAGCGCUACCAGGUCCUGGUGGAGGACUGCGACAUGAUCGAACGAGGGAUGGUCGAGGUGCCGGACUGUUGGGGCGAGGCGGACGGCGGUGGGAGCGACGACGAGUCCGACGGCGUCGCGCGGCACCACCAGCAACCGACCUCCAGAGGCAGGGGAGAGGAGCGGAAGCGCGGCGUCCCCUGGACCGAGGAGGAGCACCGGUUGUUCUUGGAAGGAUUGGCCAAGUACGGAAAGGGGGAUUGGAGGAACAUCUCGCGGUGGGCGGUGAAGACGAGAACACCGACGCAGGUCGCCAGCCACGCCCAGAAGUUCUUCAUCCGUCGGAAUCAGAAUAACGCCGGGAAGAACAGAGACACAAAGAGAAAGAGCAUCCAUGACAUCAUAUAAAAAUUAUGAUUGUACUUAUUUUAUGAAAAUAAAUAUAUGAUGGAUUCAAGUCACCUAAUUGUUAAAUGGUGAUUAGAAACCUAAAAUAUGUACAUAUAUAUCUUAAUCUCCCAUUUAGAUAUUGUCAGCUUUUUCCGAUGCAGAAUACAUGGCACAUCCAAAAUUUCAGACA